CUUGGGCUCCUUUCCAGCAGAGUGACAAAGAGCUUUUGGAAGGAGACGCAAGAUGAGUUAUCCCCUUGGAGUCUUCAUUCUCGGACUGCUUUCAACCUGCCUGCAUUGGGAAGGUGCUCAAUGCCAUCCAGGGUACAACCUGACGGUCCCUCCUGAAGUGAGAGUACAGGAGGGGUUCUGCAUCGUCAUCCCCUGCAAAUUCACUUACCCAGCAUCGGCUGACACCAAUCGUGUUGAAUUGCAUGGAUAUUGGUAUACCGUAAGAGGCAGCAGCACUUACCGUGGUGCAGUAGCCACCAAUGAUGAGAACAAACAGAUAGAAUACUUCGCUCGCAAUCGCUUCCUUCUGUCAGGGGACUUGGAACAAGGAGACUGUUCCCUCACCAUCAACAAUACCCGCAAAAGCUCCGAUGAAGGAGCAUACUAUUUCAGAAUAGAGAAAGACAUAAGAUAUAGCUACCCAAAUAAAACAUUUGUGAGAGUGGCAGGAAGGGGUGGCCAGACCAGAAGCUUGAUAACCACUGUGGCAUCCCACUGUCCUGUUUGGAAUCUUGCAGAUCAGAGAAACUUCACAGAUGCUUCCCGUAUUGGAGUCCAGGAAGGUGACUCCAUCAUGUUGUUCUGCGGGAUAAAGAGCAACCCCUCAGCCAAUGCAACCUGGGUGACAAACUCAGAAAAGACCACUGGUUGGCAAUCCCCCAAAACCAAUAUCCUGACGAUUUCGAAUGUGCAGCUGGCGGACAGAGGGGGAUACAAAUGCCAUGCAUCAAACACAGAGGGCGAGACUGAUGCCACCUUCCAGCUCUAUGUAGCAUACAGCCCCAGGCCAUGUGAACAGGAUAAUUCCCAAUGCUGGAGAGAUGACAAUGGAUUCCAGUGCAACUGUUCCAUCUGCUCCUACCCUGCAUCUAGAAUUCAGUGGCAAGUGAAUGGGAAGAACUUGGAGGGGAACUACUCCGAUGAGACCAUGACGGUCACUUCCUGGAAUAAGACAGAAGAAGCCACCAGCACUCUCUACUUGACAGGGGAUUUGGUUGGAGAGCAGCAUAUUAUCUGCCUUGGAACCAACCCCGGUGGACAGAUCCCCUUGAAGUUCUUCGUGGCUAGUUCAGGAGAAUCUCUGAAAAAGAACAUAAUCAGUGGCCUAAUGGGUGCCCUCAUCAUGUUUGCUAUCGUCAUGGUGAUCGUUAUCAUCCUCUUCAUGAUUUCCAGAAGGUACCCAAAUGACAGAAAACCUUUGACUGCCUCAGAAUCUUACGCAAAGCCCUUGACUCACGUCCACAGCGAGCUUUCCCCAGAUGUCAAGCGUAACAGCCUCACGGUCCCUAACCCAGUCGAAGGCAAUGAUGCUCCUGAAGAUCAAGAGAAGUUUGACGAAUUCCCCGACGAAAUCUCCAAUGACCCCGAAGAGUUGCAUUACGCAUCUCUCAACUUUGGUGAACUGAAAUGUUUACCGGAAGCCAAUUCAGAAGAAUCCAAAUCAGAUUAUGCUGAAAUCAAGAAGGUCUAGUCUGCAGAUGUUGAAAGAGGAGCCAGAGAGACAGGUUUAAGAGGAUUUCUCAAGUCUAGUUGACACUGUGAACAAAGGAGGUCACCUCCUUGUUCUGAUCUGCUGUCUGCCCUCCGAAGAAACCUCUUCCUCAUAGUGUGCAUGUGUCAAUUACCCUUCCUGCUCUUGUUCAUUUCUCUAUAUCCCCUUUGGGGGAGCAUAGGCUGCCCACUGUUUACUCUGGCACUGAAACAUGAUAUGCAGCAAGUGAAGGAAGGGGGAAAGGGGCCUGUAGCUUUGUGGCAGAGCACAUGCUUUUCAUGCGCAAAGCCCUGGGUUCAACCUUCCAGCCAAAGGCUCUGAGGCUUCAGGGGUGGGAGACAAUGCCCACCUGUGAUCCUGAGAAACCACCUCUUGUCAGUAAGGCCGACCUGAACAUUAGGCAGAGUAAGGUGACUGCCUCAGGCAGCAAAUGUUGAGGAGCAGCAGGGGCAGCCUCCUAGCUGUUUGCCAGUAUUGAAGUAAGAUUCAACUGCCACUCUAGGCAACUCCUUUGUGUGAAAGG